AUGACAGACGCAACCCUUGGGGCCAAGGCGGACCUGCCAUCGCCGCCCUUUCACGCCAUCCCGGGCCUACCCAACUUCCGUGACGCCGGCGGCUACCCCAUCGAUGCCCAGCCCGGCCGUAUCGUCAGGCCUGGUGUUGUCUUCCGUUCCGCAGAGCCCUCCCGCCUCACCGACGACGGCGUCGCCCGCCUCCAGGACCUCGGCAUCACCCACGUCUACGACCUCCGCUCCACCAUUGAGCUCAAGCGCCUCGCCCAAGCGGGAACGAGCUGCGACGUCCGCGAGUGGCCCGGUGCCCAGCGCGUCUUCGUCCCCGUCUUCAGGGACCAGGACUACGGCCCCGAGGCCAUUGCCCUGCGCUAUCGUAACUACUCCAGUAAUGGCACCGAGGGCUUCACCAAAGCCUACAGCGACAUCCUACGUACCGCCUCGGAGCCUGACCAUCCCAAUGAUCCCUUCCGCACCAUCCUCUGCCAUCUCGCCACCUCCAAGCCCCCAUCUCCGAUCCUCGUUCACUGCACCGCCGGCAAGGACAGGACAGGCGUUAUCUGCGCGCUCAUUCUUAGCCUCUGCGGCGUUUCAGACGAUGUCGUUGCCCACGAGUACAGCCUGACGGACAUUGGCCUUCAGGACCGCAGGGAAGAGAUUGUUCACCACCUCCUCGCCACCGAAGCCCUCAGAGGAAACCCCGAGGGCGCUCGGCGCAUGAUUGGUUCCCCUGAUGUGCCUGCCUGUGCCAACACCGCUAAUGUCGAGAUCAGAAAGGAAAGCAUGCUUGCGACACUGGCCAAGCUUCGUGAGGACUAUGGCUCGGUUGAGGCUUACGUGCAAAACAGAUGUCGCCUAUCGGCAGAGGCUAUUGAUCAGAUUCGGAUUAAUCUCACGGUAGAUGUUGCCGACGGACAUCAAGUAGUAGACUGGGUAUCUCACACGAAAUAUUUGCUUUCGAUAUAG